CUAUGGUAUUCAAUCUCAACCCUAGCUACAUGCCUCACUAUCGUAAACUCUCAAAUUUUCGAUCGAUUAUAACAGCGAUAGUUUGUUGGGACAGCGUACACGCUCUAUCGUAAAAGCGGUGAAUAUAGCUCACACCGAUAGGGAUAGGGGUGAAUAUGGCGUCUAGGCGAUGAUAUACAAUUUUUAGUGGAGAAGGGUGCAUAUGACCGACAUCACGAUGAUUCGUUCAGUAUCUGUUUCUUUCUAUGAAAAUUUUGGAACAAUAACGCGUAUCGAUAAUUUUUCCAGGAAAGAGAAAAUGACAAGCAGAGCAAGACUUUGUGAGGAUGAAACCAGCCUCGUCCGCAGUCAGGAUCUCUUACUACAUGCAAAAUAGAAGUAUAUUUCAAUGGCUUCAAAUUAUAAUGGGUCUCUCAAAUUAUCCGACUCCAACUGAUGGGGGAAUGUUUAUUGUAAUUCUGGUAAACGCAGCCCUAUCUAUCUACGUUGUCAAAGAUAUAUUCCUCUCCAUCCUUCACGUUGUGGGCAUCCAUAUUGCAUCAGCGGAAGAACCUUCCAUUGAAAGCAUGAACUCAACUGAAGAUCGUGGAAGCCCCUCGGAUGCCUACGUGGAGUCGUUCCGUAGUGGGAACCCAGUAGUUCGGUUUGAUAAGCGUUAUUGGCCUAAACAAGAAGAGUGCUCGGUUUGCCUGACAGAGUUUGAACCGGAGACAGAGAUACACCAGCUGCCUUGCGGCCAUAUUUUCCACAAAUUGUGCUUGGAGAAAUGGCUGAAGUACUGGAAGGUCACGUGCCCUAAUUGCAGGACUCUCGUGGUUGGAGAGGAAGAUAUUUGUCCGUUUUGAGUUGUUUACAGGAAAUGUUCCUGGAAGAAGUUCGUUUUACAGCCUAGCUUACUAGUUUACAGAGAUUUAACACGGAUAUAUGCAGCAGCUUGGCAUAUUUAUACACUCUUUUAAGUGUUGGAUGUGCCAAUAUGAUGUAUGUGUCAAGAUGAUGAAGCUCUGUAACGAAAACUUAUCAUGUACAUAUUUUUGUAAGGUUUCUGAAGUUCUAUGCGUCUUGAGCUUAGGUAGUAGCUUUGUUGUGAGCUUAGGUAGUAGCUUUGUUGUUGUUGUUGUUGGAGUUGUGGUUGGUUAGUUGUUUGGUUGGGUGGCCUUGCCCCCUUUUCUUGUUGUACUUUGUUUUUUUCAUAUCAAUAUAAUUAUCUAUCUUUAGAAAAA